CCCCGCUCAACUCUCGAUCUUGAAAGUCGCCUGGUCAACGGGCGAAUUCGGAUAAGGAAUUGGCUCAGGAUCACAAUGCCGGUGCCAGUCGCUGCCAAAGGUGAGUUCAGAGUGCUUCAAUGAUUGUUGCUCCGCGUUUGCUUGUGUUUCCAGACCUGUGGCUGCCCCGCGCAAACCGUUGCGAAUCAUGGCGGUCGCCUGAACCUUGUGGCGAGAUUGCCCCGCCUACGGCCACGCAAUCCUCCCUAGCAGCCUCGUCUAGUUGCCACGACGGCUGAGCUUGAUGCAUCCUCCCGUCCCUCUUCUUUCAAUUCUUCUCUUGACUGUGCUUUGGUCAACAACGUAGCCUGCAUUUCCACCGAGAAUCUUUCUCAUCAAUCCUGUUUUCUGCGCAUCCCGGCCCAUCUGAUUUGUGAGCAUGCCACCCGUUAACCAUGCUGCCCUCGCCUCAGUUGGCAUCAUUGCCGCAUCGGUAGCGGUGGCCGCAGCCAUUGCUUUGUACGAAAGUCCAGAGGUCCGUCGCGUUGCAGAAGACCUCCGCAGACGCAUCGCCAUCGCUCUCCAUUCUCUUGGUGACAAUGUCGACCCAAGCAGGCGAGAGCCUCGCUUCAAUCGCCCCGAAGACGCCGAGGGCUUCUAUCAGUCGCACGAUGUCGACGCCGACGAUGAGACGCGGAGGAGACAGCGGGAAGAAUUGAUGUACUGGAAUGCUAUCCGCGAGGAACAAAGGCAACGAGAACGCCAAGGUUCACAGCAGCGUACGCCAUCGCAUCUGGGGUCGACUUUCGACGACUUCCUGGAGCCUGACGGCUCCGGGGAGCACGGAACCCUUGUCUUCAAUACCGGCGCAAAGACUUGGGAUUCCGACUCAAAUAACGUGCUUAGACGCCGAGGCAACUUGGCGGGUGCUAGGGGCCUCGACAUGUCUGUGAUCACCAACCCCUUCAGUGACGAGCAUGGCAUCGAGAUGGACGAGCGGCCACGCUUCCUUGAAGAGGAGGCCACGGAUCUGUAUCCUUUCCUUAAAGAGCAGCAGCACACCGAUCUACAGCGCAGUCAUGAUGGAGCCAUGUCAGACAUCUACAAUGCGACGCCGCUGGUCCGAUCCCCCGAGCUUGCUCGGUCCCACGCCACGCUCUCUCCGCAGCCGAAGCCCGUAGCGGCCGAGGUCCUCUUUGACUUUGACUCCCAUUCCCAAUCAAAUACACGCACCGAGUAUUCGACUGCAGUAGAACACGGGCAGCAGCAGCAACAGCGAGAAGGCACUGCCACAUCCACAUCCCGCAGCGUCACGCUUGAGCGUGACCUCGCCGAGGACGAGUACAUGACGGCGGGGCAAGACGAUCGGUCGGCUUACGCUUCGAUCCAGGCAUGGGCGCAGAACUCAUCUAACCCCGGGUUCUACUCACCUCUGCCCGUUUCUCCGCCGGCGCCCGUCUCGGAACCGGAGCUGAUCAGCGAGGGCCAGCUAACCCCGACAGACUCAGUCUCGGUGGUGGAUGUUGCAAAUGACACAGUGUCGUCCCGGGGGGGGUACGACGUCAUGAGCGAGACGGAUGACGGCAUUCCCACUCCUCAUUCAUGGUCCGAGGUGGGAAGCGUUAUUAGCGAGAGCGAGAGCGCAGCGCGCGCGUAGAUGGCUGAGGGGUAUUCCGGUGUUUAUGUUUGUUUAAUGGUGUUUGAAGUUGUUCACAGCAUUCCGAUGGGCUUUUACCUGGGUAGGCGUUUUUAGGCACACUGGAAUAGGGUGAAAUCGGUCGAACGAGGGACUACUUGGGUAUUAUUUGGAGACAUGAUGGGUAUUCUGAUAGGGAUUUGGUUGGCUGCUACACUCCUGGCGACGAUCGUAUUGUACUGAAAGAGCCCAAAGAGGCUGGGUACCUCUCUCAUGGUAUGUUUCAGGUUCAAGAUAGACGAUCUUCUAUUCACUAUACCUAUAUAUGAUCCGUCUCUCCCCAAACGUACGAUUCACAGCUUAUUUACAACUGGU